CGGGGAGCUCACGGGCGGCCCCGCACCCCUUGCGCCUGCUCCUCGGGCAGCCCACGCCCUGGUGUCCCUCGGGCCCCCUGCGGCCAGCAGACCCCCUCCCCCUCAGCGCCCCUCCCCCGGCUCGGCGUCGCUGCACCGGGCGGACUUUAUUUAGUAAACUGCGCACUCCAGGCCUGGCUUCGGUUUGGGGUCGUCAGCUCCUCAUCCCAGGGGCCCUAAGCACGCCCGGUCGGACCUUGGCGCUGGACAAAAGCCAAACGGCCCUGGGAAGCGACCUCGAAGGAGGGCGGCUUGGCUUCGAACCAGGCGUUUCUCAAAGGAGCGGCUCACGGAAAGCGCUGGCGGGCUUCGAACGGCGCUGGGAAUAGCCCCUGGCCACAUACGCAGGCAGUGACUGGAGGAUUUUGGCAGACUUCAAGCAACGGUUCAGAAUCCUACAGUUUGCCUACUUUGGAUUUGGGCUGGUAUCCCCGGAAUCCAUCCUCCUGAGCAAGCUCCUUGGUAAUCCGCCCUGCAAUGGCAGCCAUCAACCCAUGGACUUCGUGGGGUGCCCUCACAGACCAGUACUGGGGGAUGGCAGCCAUCAGCCCAUGGGCUUCCUGUGUCCCCAUCACUUGCCAUGGUGUGGUCUCUUCUGGCAGUGACUUGCCCCCGCCAAGAGUCAGGGCCUGGAAGCCGGCUCUGUGUCCUCGGGACCCUGUCUGGCCCAUGGAGGGGACCCCUGAGGAGGCGAGGAGGACCACCUGGCUCCCAACAGACCAGAUCCAGGAACCAGUGACCUUCAAAGAUGUGGCUGUGGACUUUUCCCAAGAGGAGUGGGGGCAGCUGGACCCUGUUCAGAGGACCCUGUACCGCGAUGUGAUGCUGGAGACUUUCGGGCACUUGAUCUCUGUGGGGAAUGAGAUCCCCAAGCCUGAAGUCAUCUCACUGCUGGAACAAGGAGAAGAGCCAUGGGCUGUGGAAAGAGGAUAUCCUCAAAGCACUUGUCCAGAAUGGAUGAGAAGUAUUGAAAGAACAGCUUUGAUCCCAACACAGAGCAUUUUUGUGGAAGAACAAUCCCAUAGCAUGAAGUUGGAAAGAUACAUAUGGGAUGAUCCUUGUUUCUCCAGGGUAGAAAUCUUGGGAUGUGGAGAUCAAUUAGAAAUGUACCACAUGAACCAAAGCAGAGCAAGGACGCAAAUGGUCUUUAUGCAAAAGGAAGUACUUUCACAAACAGGCCCUGACUUCUAUGAACUUGGGUCCAACUACAGCCAGAGCUUAAACAUUUUUCCAUCUCAGAGAGUUUCUCAAAUAGAACAUUUCUAUAAACCUAAUACACAGUCCGAAAGUUGGAGAUAUAAUUCAGCCAUAAUGUACGCAGAUAAGAUUACCUAUGAAAAUAACGAUUAUAGCAAGACCUUCUACAAAUCCAUUCAGCCUGUUCACCCUCCAAGAAAGCAACCUGGAGAUAAUCUUUUCAAAUGCACUGAUGCUGUUAAAUCUUUCAAUCAAAUAAUACAUUUCGGUGAUCAUAAGAGAAUUCAUACAGGAGAAAAGCUCUAUGAAUAUAAGGAAUGCCAUCAAAUUUUUAACCAGAGUCCAUCGUUUAAUCACCAGUUAAGACUUAAUGUUGGAGACAACCAAUGUGAUUAUAAAGAAUAUGAGAAUAUCUUUUACUUCUCAUCUAUUAUGGGACAUCAAAAAACUAAUACUGUAGAGAAAGCAUAUAAGUACAAUGAAUGGGAGAAAGUCUUUGGGUAUGAUUCAUUCCUUACUCAGCAUACAAGCACUUACACUGCAGAGAAACCUUAUGAAUAUAAUGAAUGUGGGACAUCUUUCAUCUGGAGCUCUUAUCUUAUCCAACAUAAGAAUACUCAUGCUGGAGAGAAGCCCUACGAAUGUGAUAAAUGUGGGAAAGUUUUUAGGAAUCGUUCAGCCCUUACUAAACAUGAGCGGACUCACACUGGAAUAAAACCCUAUGAAUGUAAUAAAUGCGGAAAAGCCUUUAGCUGGAACUCUCAUCUUAUUGUACAUAAGAGAAUUCAUACAGGAGAAAAACCUUAUGUAUGCAAUGAAUGUGGGAAAUCUUUCAACUGGAACUCCCAUCUCAUUGGACAUCAGAGGACUCAUACUGGAGAGAAGCCUUUUGAAUGUUCUGAAUGUGGGAAAUCUUUCAGCUGGAGUUCCCAUCUUAUUGCCCAUAUGCGAAUGCAUACUGGAGAGAAGCCCUUUAAAUGUGAUGAAUGUGAAAAAGCGUUUAGAGAUUACUCUGCCCUCAGCAAACAUGAGAGAACGCAUUCUGGAGCAAAACCAUAUAAAUGCACAGAAUGUGGAAAAUCCUUCAGUUGGAGCUCCCAUCUUAUUGCCCAUCAGAGAACUCAUACAGGAGAGAAACCAUAUAACUGUCAGGAAUGUGGCAAAGCGUUCAGAGAACGUUCAGCCCUCACAAAACACGAGAUCAUUCAUUCUGGAAUUAAGCCCUACGAAUGUAAUAAAUGUGGAAAAUGCUGCAGCCAGAUGGCUCACCUCGUUAGACAUCAAAGGACACACACUGGAGAGAAGCCCUAUGAGUGCAAUAAAUGUGGGAAAUCUUUUAGCCAGAGCUGUCACCUUGUUGCUCACCGGAGAAUCCACACUGGUGAAAAGCCCUAUAAAUGUAAUCAGUGUGAGCGAUCCUUUAAUUGUAGCUCUCACCUUAUUGCACACCGGAGAACUCAUACGGGAGAAAAACCAUACAGGUGUAACGAAUGUGGGAAAGCAUUCAAUGAGAGUUCUUCACUUAUUGUACAUUUGAGAAAUCAUACAGGAGAAAAACCUUACAAAUGUAAUCAUUGUGAGAAAGCUUUCUGUAAGAAUUCUUCCCUUAUUAUCCAUCAGAGAAUGCACAGUGGAGAGAAAGGCUUGCUAUGCAAUGAGUGUGGAAAAGCCUUUAAUGGGCGGUCAGCACUAACUCAACAUCAGAGAAAUCACAGUGAAGAGAAACUGUGCAAAUUGAAUUGAUAGCUUUUUUUCCUCCUUCUUACCUCUGAUAGAACAUUUGGGGAAUAAUACCCUAUAAAUAAAUUCAAGAGGGGAAUUUUUUUUUCAGUCAACAAAGUAUCUUCUUAGGAGAAAUUCUAUUAAUGAAAAGGAUAAGGGUGAGCUAUCCUUAUUAAUAGAAGGAGGUAAACACUUUGUAUUGUCCACAAGGUAUCCAAGUUCAGAAACAUGACUAGGGAAUGAGGCAUUUUUGAGAAAGCGCUCUCACCUAUUUCUGGUUCCGUGUGCAUUGUUAAGGAACACAUCUUAUGUCAGGAAUAGUAUUUCAACUGGAAAUGCACCAUUUUGCAUCAAGCUAGUAGAAUGGGUAUACAUCUUUACAUUGAUAAUUUGUACAUAAUCACAGAAGGAUAGGCAGAAUUUGCCAUUAUAAGAGGAGGGUCUGGUGUCCUUUAAGGAGUAGGGUAUCAAACAUACUACAUUUGAAUUUAGUGAAGUUGGAUGACCUAUUUAUGGUUGUUCAAAAUUAACCCCUUUAGGAAAAAAAAUAGUGAGAUUACUAAUGGUGGAAAGAUUAUUGCCAGGACACAUAAGAUUUUGAUUGUGUUGUUGGACAGAAAGUGGUCCUUAAUAAGCUAGAGUAUGUGUCUAUUGUUUGUUCAUAUCUGCCUUGUUGGGCAAAUAGUUUGUAAUUUGUCUUAGGCAGUCACUAUAAAUUACAGUUGUCACUGCAUCAAUGAUCAUUACAUGAAGGAAUAAGAAGGACACAGGUGUAUAUAUGUAUCUACUAUAACAAAUCUAAAAACUGUACAUGUGUCAGCACUGGAAAGGCCCAUGGAGAAAUUAACUCAGUUAAUUUUUAUUUUAUAGUUGUACAAUCAGAUAACACCAUGUGACAGGCAUUGUUUUAAAUGCAUUACAAACACUAACUCAUUUAUCCCCUUAACCCUAUGAGAUAAGUACUAAUACUAUCUCAAUUUUAUGAAUGGGGAGCCAGAAGCAGACAUGUGAAGGAACACAUAGGUAAUAAAUAGAACUGGGAUUCAGUUUGGCUCCAGAAUUCAUUUUUUAAUCUCCACAUUAUGCUGCCUUGCCAGUGAUUCUCCACCCAACCCGACCCCCUGCUGAUAUAUUUUCAUUUUGUUCAGUAUUUUCUAGAGUAGAGAUUUUAUAACAAAAAAUCAAUAAAAUACUAAACAAGGAGAUGUAAAGUUA